GGCCCGACGCGCAUCGAAGUUCCCCGGCCCCCCUCUAUCGAGGAGUUCACCAUCGUGAAGCCCAUCAGCCGCGGCGCUUUCGGCAAGGUGUACCUGGGCCGUAAGGCGGGGAGGCUCUACGCCGUGAAGGUGAUGAAAAAAGCAGACAUGAUCAACAAAAACAUGGUUCACCAGGUCCAGGCAGAGCGGGAUGCACUGGCUCUCAGUAAAAGUCCUUUCAUUGUGCACUUAUACUACUCGCUCCAGUCAGCUAAUAACAUCUAUUUAGUGAUGGAGUACCUUAUUGGUGGAGAUGUCAAGUCUCUUCUCCAUAUUUAUGGGUAUUUUGAUGAAGAAAUGACUAUCAAAUAUAUUUCUGAAGCAGCACUGGCUCUAGACUAUCUUCACAGGCACGGGAUAAUCCACAGGGACCUGAAACCGGACAAUAUGCUCAUUUCUAAUCAGGGCCAUAUAAAGUUGACAGACUUUGGACUUUCCAGAGUUACUCUGAACAGAGAGAUAAAUAUGAUAGAUAUCCUCACUACACCAUCAAUGGCAAAGCCAAAACAAGACUACUCACGUACUCCAGGACAAUUGUUGUCUCUCAUCAGUUCUCUGGGGUUUUAUACUCCUGUUGGAAUGAAAAUGCCAGAGCACGAUUCAAGUAAAUCAUCUGACAGUCUGCAUGGACUACUUUAUCCCUUGCAUACCAUCCCAAAGGAAACUACCCCUCUUUCCAGUAAAUUAUUCAAAACAUGUCUUGAUACUUCUCAACUAACUCCUGUGAUGCCAGUGAGAAGUUUAACUGCCUCUCUGCUGCAGUCAAGAAACAGGUUUGGUACCUCCAGUGCCAGCAGUCAGUCACACGCCUGCCUGUCCGGUAUGGAAUCAGAGAGCUGCAGCAGCCCCAGGUGGGAGAGAGAUGUAGAGCAAAGUGAAGAUAAGCUAUGUUCUACAACAGGCGAAACAGCUCUCCUUUCCAGUGCAGAAUUUCUGAACAGCAAAGGUGUUAAAAACUUAAUGAAAAAAGAGCUGGAGUCUGCCAUUUCUCCCUUCAGCAGCAAUGAUUCUGGCAGAAGGCAGCAGCUGGGAAGUGAACAUUCUCAUGUAAUAGAUACUCCCGUGACCACACUGGAUGUGAAAGGCAUAGUCGGAAAAUGUCUUUCUGAAAGAAAGAUUUGGGAAGAAAAGCUCCUUAUAAAUAAAAGAGAGAUGGCUAAUGAAACAGCAGAAGCUUCCAAUCAACAGCAGUCACCUUCAAGGCAGAAUGAGCCUGUCGAGCCUCUCGAAGACGACGUUUUUGAAAAGCCAGGUGUGAAAAGAAGCUUUGCACUAGUGGACACCAGUCCUUGUCAGGAACUUAACUAUGUUAAAAAAAGCAAUGUGGAAUAUAAGCGUGGCUGUCAGAUCUUGGAGUUUCCAGCAAGCAAAAGGACAGGUUUGACAGCAGAAAUUCAAUCCUUGAUACUCUGUGAGGAUGGACACCUACGUGACCCCUGCGAAAGCAGGAGCAAGGAGGAAAUGAAGAGUUUUAUUGGUAACCAGCCAACAGUUAAAAACCAACUUACUCCAACUAUUGCUAAAAAUCUCAUGUGUGAUCUGGAUGCAGACUGUGAAAAGCAGGAUAGAAAAGAGUACGUGAACUUGAGUUUCUUGGGCACUGAUGACGAAAAACCUUUAGGAAUCCUCAGUGCAGAUCUUGAGUUAACAGAAAUGUCUGUUACUGAAAGCCAUUUAGAAAAGCAGCUUUCAGAUUUGGACAGAAGCGUGAAAGACCUCUCCUUUGAGGAACCAAAGGCAGAAGGUGUGCUGGUGACAUCUCCAGAGUCCCGAGAUGCCUUGCAAAAUGGAGAGGAAGCACAUACUAUCCAGGACAGCGAGCUCUUGCACCAUGACAAGGAUAAUGACCAAAAACACAUGGAAGAAACUUCCCUUGAUGCAGUAUUUUCUCCUUCAGAAAAGGUCAUGGAAGCACUGAGUGCCUUCAAAAAAAAUGCUGUUGUUUUUCGAAGCUAUAAUAGUCCAAUUAAUCUAUCCAACAUGUCUGAGCCAUGCAGCAUGACUUCCUUAGAUAUAAUGGAGCUUUCACCUGCUUGCAGUGGCUCUUACCCAACAGCUAUUACUCCAUUACAGAAAGGAAGACCAUACAGGGCCUAUCAGACGCCUCGUCAGGGAGAUGCUGGUGCACCACACAGGACCCCAAAGAGUGUAAGAAGAGGAGCUGCCCCAGUGGAAGGUGAACGCAUCCUAGGGACCCCAGACUAUCUGGCACCUGAGCUGCUUUUGACAAAAUCUCAUGGGACUCUGAUCUCUGAUUCUGCUGUGGACUGGUGGGCCCUUGGAGUCUGCCUGUUCGAGUUUCUAACUGGAGUUCCACCUUUUAAUGAUGAAACCCCCACACAAGUCUUCCAAAACAUUUUAAGAAGAGAUAUUCCCUGGCCUGAGGGGGAGGAGAAGCUGUCUGGUAACGCCCAAAAUGCAAUAGACAUUCUUCUAACCAUUGACAGCACCAAGAGAGCUGGUCUGAAGGAACUGAAGCAGCACCCUCUCUUCCAUGGUGUGGACUGGGAUAAUCUACAGAAUCAAGCGAUGCCCUUCAUACCUCAGCCAGAUGAUGAAACAGACACCUCCUACUUUGAUGCCAGGAACAACGCUCAGCACCUGACUGUGUCUGGGUUUAGUUUAUAG